CAAGCCCUUAGAAACCUCAUAAACAAACUCCAAAACAGCUUCUCGCUGCUGCGCAUCGCCCCUUCGAUCGAUACCUUCCGGUAAUAAUUUGUUCAUCUCUAUCUGCUUUUCUAUGCACGUUUCUGGUCCGAUCUCCUUCUGUCUUGUCCACUUGGCUUUGCUUGUUUUUUCCUUCCCUUUUUCUUUUUGUUUGACUGGGAGCUUUUGUGAGCUGGAAGUUAAGGAAAACAGGAUUAUUUCAUUUUUAUCUCUGGGAUUAGAGCUUCUGUGUUCUUUUCCAGUCCAAUUGCGGCGGAGGUGAUACAUAUAUAACAUGCCAGAGCCAGUUGAGGCUUUUGAGAAAAAACAUUUCGAUAGUGGGAUCCCAGUCAAAGAAGACAGUGAAUAUGUUAGGCUAUUUGUAAACGACGAAGCAACAGUUAGUGAAUCAUAUGUUUUCCAAUCACCUCUUGAAACCAGAAAAAGAGCUCUGAAAUGGUGGACCAAGGCAUUUAUGUGGUGCAUUAUAUGUAUACUGAUUCUCUUGAUCUUCGUAAAGUGGGGAGUUCCUUUUCUCUUUGAGAAGGUACUGAUUCCCAUCUUACAAUGGGAAGCCACUGCAUUUGGCCGUCCAGUGUUAGCACUCAUCCUUGUUGCUUCAUUGGCAUUAUUUCCAGUGAUUCUGGUCCCUUCUGGACCUUCAAUGUGGCUAGCUGGAAUGAUCUUUGGAUAUGGCCUUGGCUUUGUCUUAAUCAUGUUUGGAACAACCAUCGGAAUGCUCCUUCCUUACUUGAUUGGUUUGCUUUUCCGAGACCGGAUCCAUAAAUGGCUGAAAAAAUGGCCACAACAAGCUGAUGUUAUCAGAUUGGCGGGAGAGGGGAGUUCAUUUCACCAAUUUCAAGUGGUUACACUGUUUCGGAUUUCACCGUUUCCGUAUACCAUCUUUAAUUAUGCUGUAGUGGUAACAAGCAUGAGAUUCUGGCCAUAUUUGUUGGGAUCAAUUUCAGGAAUGAUUCCUGAAGCUUUUCUCUACAUCUACAGUGGCAGGCUUAUAAGGACAUUUGCUGAUGUCCAAUAUGGGAAUCAUCGUCUAACUCCUGUGGAGAUCAUAGCGAAUGUUAUUUCACUCAUUGUUGCAAUAAUCACUACGGUUGUUUUUACUGUAUACGCAAAGAAAAAACUAAAUGAACAGGCAGCAAUUGGCACCCAAGAUUCCAUCUCUGGACGUGAUAAAUUUGAGAUGGAGAGACUCCCCCCUGAAAAACCCAAGCAAAGCCAUACCCCAUCCUUGUAGUUGUAUUUAGAGCCUGACUUUAUUUAGAUGACUAUUGUAUAUAAUCUCGGGGCUUUUGUAAGAUUACUCUUUCAUAGCUCCAUGUCUGUAAUUUGAACAAUGAUAAAUAACAAAUGGAAGGGGAUUAUUACAUAAGAAGAGUAUCUCUGUAAGAUUGCAACUAACAUUAAGAAGUGAUUGUUAUUUUUUCCUA